AUGGCGGGUACUUUCGCUGGCAGUGGUCCGGCACAUGCCCAGUCUUCACUUCCAUCGCUCCCCGCCCAUCUCCAGUCUGAUACACACCUCACGGCCCAUCUAGCUAGCCGGUUUCACGUUGGACUACCGACUGCUCGUCUGUCAUCCCAGGCGCUGCUCGCCCUGAACACAUAUUCCUCGGCUACCAAGGGCCCGAAUGGGGACAAAGAAGGAAGUGCCGCAGGCGAAGCGGAGGACCUCGCUCGUCGUGCCUUCACUCGCCUAGGUGCUCGCGCUGAAAACCAGGCCGUUGUGUUUUUGGGAGAGAGUGGAUCUGGAAAGACGACCCUUCGCUCACACUUGCUAUCUUCGUUCUUAUCCUUUUCAUCAACUCCGCUAUCCUCCAAACUCUCAUAUGCCGCCUUUGUUUUCGACACUCUCACGACCACAAAAUCUGUUACUACACCCACGGCCUCGAAAGCUGGUCUCUUUCUUGAAUUGCAAUAUGAUGGUUCUUCCUCCGUGAACCCCACUUUGAUCGGUGGUAAGAUCAUUGAUUACCGAUUGGAGCGAAGCCGUAUCUCUUCCGUACCUACGGGAGAGCGCAGUUUCCAUGCGUUGUACUACCUACUAGCUGGAACAAGUGCGGCCGAAAAGUCCCACUUAGGCCUUGAUACAGCGAUCCACGUUCAGACUGGCAAGCUAUCUGGUAGCAAUGUGAGCCACAAGCGCUGGAGAUACCUCGGUCACCCAACCCAGUUGAAGGUUGGAAUCAAUGACGCAGAUGGGUUCCAGCACUUCAAGACUGCAUUGCGGAAGCUGGAGUUCUCGCGCGGGGAAAUCGCCGAGGUCUGCCAGAUCCUAGCUGGUAUCCUUCAUAUCGGACAAUUGGAGUUCGCAACAGGUCAGUCAACUACCACCGGUGCGGAAGAAAGCGGUGGCUACUCCCACGAAGGUGGUGAGACCGUCACGGUGGUCAAGAACAAGGACGUUCUUGACAAUGUUGCGGCUUUCUUGGGUCUCAGUGUUGCAGCUCUGGAGAACAGUCUCGGAUACAGAACCAAGACCAUUCACCGUGAGCGAGUUACAGUGAUGCUGGACCCCAAGGGAGCGCGAGAGAAUGCCGAUGCAUUCGCACGUACCAUUUACUCUCUUCUCGUAACGCACGUGAUUGAGACAGUCAACCAGCGGCUUUGUGCUGCUGAGGACAGUAUUGCCAACACGAUUUCAAUUGUCGACUUCCCCGGAUUUGCUCAAGCUCCCUCAACUGGCUCCACUUUGGAUCAACUUUUAAGCAACGCGGCAACUGAAUCGCUUUACAAUUACUGUCUUCAGUCAUUCUUCGACCACAAAGCUGACGUCUUGGAUCGCGAGGAGAUCACAGUGGCAGCGACCAGCUACUUCGACAAUACGGAUACCGUGCGUGGUCUCCUCAAACAUGGCAACGGUCUGUUGAGCAUUCUGGAUGAUCAGACAAAGCGUGGACGCUCUGAUGCCCAGUUCCUCGAAAGCGUGCGCAAGCGCUUUGAGAACAAAAACCCUGCCAUUUCCGUCGGAACUUCCAGCGGAACUGGUUACAUGGCGCAGUCCCGGAGCGCCUUCACAGUUAAGCACUUCGCGGGCGAGAUAGAUUACUCUGUCACUGGAUUGAUCGAGGAGAAUGGCGAAGUGAUCUCUGGUGAUUUGAUGAACCUGAUGCGUUCCACUCGCAGUGACUUCGUCCGUGAGCUUUUCCACCAAGAGGCUCUUCAGACUAUCUCUCACCCGCAAGAGAAGACUGCCAUUAUGCAGGCCCAGGUUAGCUCCAAGCCUCUGCGUAUGCCAAGCAUGGCUAGACGCAAGCUUGGUGCACCAUCUCGCUUUGCAGCCCCUUCCCAUGCAGAUGAUGAUGAUAUAGAGGAAGUUGAGAGUCAAGCGGCGGGCUCCAAACGGGAAACAGGUCGAAAGAAUGGCUUGCCGUCUGGUCCUGCCCAGGAGCCGCUGGCCAGUUCCUUUCUGGUCUGGAAGUCAUAA